CGACCAACACCAUAUCGAUAUGAGUUGUAUAGUAAUUGACUGCCAUAUCCUCUACGCGGGAAUCAGAAUACGACUACCACAACUCCACAUCGCAAGAGGCGAGCUUUUCUCUUCAAAGUUUCUUGUACAGAACCGGGGCAUGGGAGCGGUAGAACAAGAAACUACCUCGCUAUGGAGACAGUUUAAAUUCAUGUCCAGGACAAGGGGGUCGACUACAAACAGGGGUUUUACGUUCGAGGCUACUGCCGGUGAGCCCCUUGAUAAACGUAUGACCUGCAUUGACUACGAGGUUUACAGGUACCGUCUUCGUCGAGCAGCAUCGAUGAUGCCUAUAAUAUUUAAGCCCGUCUACAGUUCUCGUGUGGUCUCCUAUCUACAG